CUCCCAGGUUGCAGUUUCAUUCAUUGGAUCCUUGCCUUACAACGUCAUCAUUGCCUGGUCUGUUUACUACUUGUACCGAUCUUUCUGGUCAGUGUUGCCAUGGACGACAUGUGGCAACUGGUGGAACACGCCCCUGUGUGUCACUAAGCUUAGCAACAGCUCAUCAAUCACUGACGCCUACAUGACGAACAGUACGGAGGAUCAGCAGCUGCUCAACUCUGUAUGGCGGAAGCCGAAUGUAACGUUGACGGCGUCAGAGGAGUUUUGGCAGUACAACACACUGCGAGUGUCGAGCGGUAUCGACAAUUUCGGAACAGUUCAGAAUCAUCUGGUCCUCUGCAUCCUUGUCUCGUGGGUUCUUGCAUUUCUGUGUAUGGUUAAAGGUGUGAAGUCUGUUGGAAAGGUUGUGUACGUGACUGCCCUUCUUCCCUACGUUCUCCUGACGGCUUUGCUGGUCAGGUCGUGCAUGAUGCCGGGUGCUGGGGAGGGUAUCCUGUAUUUCCUUCGUCCAGACUUCUCUCGGCUCGGCAAUGUACAAGUUUGGCUGGAAGCUUUGCUACAAGGUUUUUAUUCUAUGAGUACAACGUACGGAGGCCUCAUCACCAUGAGCAGCUACAACAACUUCCACAACAACUGCUUCAGAGACGUGAUGUUACUUACUGUCAUUGGUGAAGCCAGCAGUAUAUUCUGUGGUCUUGUGGUCUUCUCUACCCUGGGCUUCAUGGCACAUCAGUCUCAAAUACAUAUAUCAGAAGUCGUAUCAUCGGGUUCUGGACUAGGGUUUAUCAUCUAUCCCGAAGCAAUCGCCCAGCUUCCAGUGUCUCAGAUGUGGGCAGUGCUCUUCUUCAUCAUGCUGCUAACAAUUGGAAUAGAUUCUGUGUUUGGAAUCCUGGAAACGGUAAUAGCUGCCAUAAUAGAAACCUACCCAAAGUUCCUGCAACAUCGAAGGGUGUAUGUCACUGCUGGAGUGUGUCUGUUCAACUUUCUAAUUUCCAUCCCCUAUGCAACUGAAGGUGGCGUGUACCUGUUUCAACUAUUAGACUGGUAUGCGUCCUCGUUCAACAUACUGAUCGUUGGUUGUCUGGAGUGUGUCGCCAUCAAUUGGAUCUAUGGUUCUGAAAGAUUUAGCGACGAUGUUGAAAUGAUGAUGGGAAGACGUUACCCGUCGGUGCUGAAAGUCUUGUCUUCCUACUUCUCCCCUGUCAUCCUCUUUGCGUCCCUGAUUCUUUCCCUGUUUGUCUACGACCCUCCAAGCUAUGGCGAGUACAUCUACCCUGAAUACGCAAAGGUGAUCGGAAUCUUAAUGGCAGUUGUGAUGUCAUUGCCAAUACCUGUCAUGUUGGUAUACCAGCUCAUAAAGCAGAAAGGAACAUUUCUUGAGCGUCUCCGUCUCGCAAGCUCUCCGUCUACUGAUUGGGGUCCAUUCCUGCCCGAGGACAAAGAACGGUAUCUUCAGAAGAUGCACAAUCAACCAGAACAUCUUGCCUUGCAACGAUUAUACUCCACGGACAACCCACAUGACGCAUACGAAAAAACAGAGGAUGCCCAGGGAUGUGUUACUACUGAAGCAUAGUCUUAUAUGUUAUGUUUGUUCACUAUGUUUUACGUAUUUCUUGGUAUUUAACAUAAAGUUUCAUGCCACUGUGAGCAAUAGUGUAGGAUUAGAUCGUUCAGAUAUCGAUGUCAGCAGCUUCGUAAUAGAAGUAAAACUACAUUGUGACGUCAUUUCAUCAUCAUCGAUUACCAUUUGGGUUAAUGAAGUAAUUAAUGAAUAUACCUUCCUAGCUACUAGAAUUGCACAUGCUUUCUUUUAUACAUUUGUAUUUGGUGAUGGUUAACAAUAAGUAAAAUAUUCAUGUGUCA